AUGAAUCCUGCCCUGCCUUGGAUCCUUCCUCUUGGAUGUGCACUGCUCCUGUCAAAGGCAGCUGAAGGCUUUAUCUUGCCCAACUCGAGUCACCUGGAGAACAUUUUGAGCAAGUAUCAGGAUGGGGAAGCUCACUCCAGAUCCAGGAGAGCCAUUUUAUUCUCAGACAGACAGGAAAUAUUGAUGCUCCACAAUAAAUUGAGAGGUCAAGUGUACCCGGAGGCUUCUAAUAUGGAAUAUAUGACCUGGGAUGAAGAGCUGGAAAGAUCAGCCCAGGAUUGGGCUCAGCAGUGCAUCUGGGACCACGGGCCCAGUGCCCUCAUCAGGUCGAUUGGACAGAACUUGGCAGUUCACUGGGGCAGGUAUCGCUCUCCAGCUUUUCACGUCCAGGCUUGGUAUGAUGAAGUCAAGGAUUACUCCUACCCUUACCCUCACGAGUGCAACCCCUGGUGCCCGGAGAAAUGCACCGGCUCCAUGUGCACACAUUACACCCAGAUCGUCUGGGCCACGACGAACAAGAUCGGCUGCGCUGUCAACGUCUGCAAGCAGAUGAACGUCUGGGGAGAAAUCUGGGAGAAUGCUGUCUACCUGGUCUGCAACUACUCGCCCAAGGGCAACUGGAUUGGAGAAGCUCCCUACAAGACGGGUCGUCCCUGCUCCGAGUGCCCACCCAGCUACGGAGGAGGCUGCCAGAACAAGCUCUGCUACAAAGGUACGUGGAGAUGGGGGGGCCUUGGGGCAUCCUCUUGGACAGACGAGACAAACGAAGUGGAGAUUUCACAGGUCGUGGAGCAAAAUCCCGUGCGGUUCCACCCUCCACAAAGCAAGCCCAGCAAAUCCAUCAAGCCCAAGAAAACCACCCCAGAAUCCUACAUGACACAAGUCAUUACCUGUGAAACCAAGAUGAGAGACAAAUGCAGAGGCUCAACGUGUAACAGGUAUUUGUGCCCAGCUGGCUGCUUGUACAGUAAGGGAAAGAUCUUUGGAACAUUUUAUUAUGAGAGUUCAUCAAGCAUCUGCCGUGCUGCCAUCCAUUAUGGCAUCCUGGACAACAAAGGAGGCCUGGUUGAUAUCACCAGGAAAGGGAGGACAGCAGGUUUUGUGAAGUCUGCCAGGAAUGGGGUGGAGUCUUUCAGGAAAAGUAAACCAUCAAAUGCCUUCAUGAUUUCCAAAGUCACAACACAGACACUGGACUGCUAUACUACAGUAGCUGAGCUCUGCCAGUUCAAGAAGCCAGCGACCCAUUGCCCAAGGGUUUAUUGUCCAGCCCACUGUAGAGAUGAGCCAUCGUACUGGGCACCAGUGUUUGGCACCAAUGUUUAUGCAGAUAGCUCCAGUAUCUGCAAAGCUGCAGUGCAUGCAGGAGUCAUCCCCGAUGAAAGGGGUGGUUUCGUGGAUGUGAUGCCUGUAGAAAAGAAGAAAACUUACAUUGCUUCCUUAAAGAAUGGAGUCCAGUCUGAGAGCUUGAAGCCUCCUUCAGACGGCCAAGCCUUCCGAGUUUUUGCUGUGAAGGAGUAAAUUCCUCGGGGAGGUGCAGGUUUCUUUGGGAGAGCACUCUGUGGAUCUCCAGAGACAGGAAGGCUCCUCUGAUGGCAUCAGCUCUGACCAUACCCUCCUUGCCGAUUUCUUUCAGGGAAUUAAGAAAAGAAA